AGUCACACGUCGGCGCUAGCAAGUUUGCAAACUGCUGUUUGCGCGAGUUUUGGAGCUAGACUCAGUUCGCCCUUUGCACAGCGCAAGAUCGUGACCUCGGAUGUCCAAGUUGCUUCUUUGAAGAGCACAUUGUUGUGGAGCUAUGGCCUAUCUGGUGGGUCGGCCCGCUUUGUGGUCGCAGCCGCGUAGCAUGUCUGAUGCGACGGCUUGGUCCUGGUUCUUCAGGACUCGCCGCGUGGCCGGCAAUCCAGUCAUGGAAAUCUGGGCAGCAAGUCUUCAACGCAGUCAACUAGCAUUCGGCUCGCGCUGCAUGUCAAGAGCAUUGAUCGACACGGCUCGCGUGUCAAAACGGUGCCGACACAUAGCGCAAUGGGACGGCGGGGGUUUACUCCUCAAGACCACGACGAGGACGGUCCCACGGUGGUGUCUCCGGAGCAUGAGUGGCAAGAGGCACGCCCCAUACACGAGCGCAUGCUCGACCUACUCCUGCAGCCCAGCCAGUCCUUCAAGACCGACCAGAUUCCGAACGUCGCCUCCAGGUUUUCUGCUCAGGAGUGCGCCGUGAUCAUCAAGAAGGCACGUCUCCUACUCGCUGGAGAGGAAUCCCUGCUGUACGUCGCAGCCCCAUGCCGCGUGGUGUCAGACCUUCACGGUGUUCCAUGGGUGUUUCUGGGCGACUAUGUGGACCGCACCCCCUACGGCUUUGAGGUGAUGCUGCUGCUGUACUCUCUCAAGAUCAAGUGGCCCGAUCGCAUCUUCCUGCUGCGCGGCAAUCACGAGCUUGAGAGCAUCAACACCGCUUACGGCUUUAAGCAAGAGCUGGAAGAAAAGUGGGGAUUGCAGUACGGCACGUCGCUGUACAACGCGUUCAAUGAUUCCUUCGCGUAUAUGCCGCUGGCGGGCAUCGCCAUCCCGCCUGGUUACGAGGGCGAGGUGCCCACCUUCAUCACCUACGAGGACUCGCGUCAGCAGUCGGACAGCCCGCGCAAACAGCAGAUGCAGCUACCGAAGUACAUCCCUGAUCGCUACCUUAUGAUGCACGGCGGAAUCGGGCGGCUGGAGUGGCUGUCGGAGAUCGCGGCCGUGAAGCGGCCGUUGCGCACCGAUUACGAGUACGGUGGCGUGCUGACGGACGUGGUGUGGAGUGACCCGGCACCCAAUGACGAUGACAUCGGAAUCCUGACCUCCGGCCGUGACUGGAACGCGGGCGGCAUAGUACGCUUUGGAGCAGACCGCGUGGAGGAAUUCUGCAAACGCAACCACAUUACCGCAAUCCUGCGCGGCCACGAAAUCGUCCAGGAGGGCAUGCAGAUUGCGUUCGGUGGCCGUUUACUCACGUUCUUCACGGCGCCCAACUAUCCCGGCAGGGGAACCAAUGAUGGUGUCAUCCUGAACCUGGCGCUGGUAAAAGACCAAAUGAGCGGCAACACCAACAUCGAGGUGCAGCCCAUUCGUUUCGAGGCCAACCCGGUGCCUUACGUGCCAUCAAUAGAUGAUGACGCGGCCAGCGACCUGACGGAGAUGGAGCCCCAUGACGAUGGUGAUUACGAAACGCAGCAGCAGCCUUCUGACGCGGAGCAUUUCGAAGAGCAGCCGGAUGGGCAGCCGCAGCCGCAGCCUCCUGCUUAUGCUGACUUGCACCAUCUGGAGGGCGACGAGGCGCCAGCACUAUGCUCGGCCGCAGGUGUGGGACAGCAGACCGCCAGCGUCCCUACAGGCACCAGCUGCGAUCCAGCGCACUCCGAGAGGUUCUGGAGGAGCACCGGCGCAGCAGCGGCUGCGUGCGGCGGCCCCGCGCCUGCCAACGCCGGGGCCGCAGCUGCGGACACCGCAGCCAAUGCGUCUGUCGAUGGUUGCGACAAUUCUGUGGAGAUGGAGGAUGGGGGCGAUGAGAUUGUGUUCUGCCCCAGCGCUACGCACAGCCCUGGGCGGCGCGGCCUCCCCGGCGUAAGCAGAGGCUCUGGCGGAGCAGCGCAUGACCUUGCGACGGGCAGCGCAGAGGAGGGCGACAUAGAGUCCCGUUGUGGCUCGUCUCCUGUUCUCAUGGCGGAAACAUUCGGCGCCCUCGACAGUAUGCCGCCAACGGGUGCGCGCCUUCACGAGCUGCGAAACCGUUGGGAGCUGCAGAACCAGGGUGCCGGACCGCAGCUGGUAAAUGCAGGCAUGCAGGGCGCUCAGCAUGUACCCGCGCCGCCGCGCGAGUUUCAGCACGCUAAGAUAGUCAAGGCUGCACCCCCGCCGCCGCCUGGCUUUGGGCUUGUGACCCGGCCACUGCCUGGCUCUGCGCCUCGCGUUGCGCGCGUUGCGCAGGGCGGCAGCACGGCGGCGCUGGCCACCGAGAACAGCAGCGCUCAAGUCACUGCAGCAGCGACCCCGCCCCUACCUUCUGCUGGCGGUGCCGCAGGCUCUCAGGGCAGCGGCGGACCCAGUGGAGACGAGGACGUCGCCGCCGCGACCAACAUCGAGGCAGGUGGCUUCUGGGCAGCACUCGUGGCCGUGGCUUCUCAGCAAGCCACUGAGCGGCCGGUGGCUGCGCCGGUGGCGGUCGCGCGCGGCGAGGCAAGUCCACCGGAGGCCGAGCUGUUCCGAAAGCCGCCGCUGUGCGCUGCCCUGCAGUCCACUUGCUUUGAUGACGAGGAUCCCUGGGACAUGCCGGACACGAGCAACGGGCCCUACGUGCAGCGGCCUUACGACGAUGUACCAGCUGAUGCGGUGGUGGCUGCCGAUGCCGACGGUGACACAAGUGACGUGGACGGCAGCAACACUGGCUUCGGCUCGCCGGUUAACACCGGAGCUUUCGGGUCGCCUGCGACAUCGCCCACAGCGGCUCGUAUCCAUCUCAGUGCACGCCUCGACGGCGUAGCCGCUAGCAUCACCGCCGCCGACGUGGCAGUGCCGGUACCUGAUGCUGCUGCCGGGUCGCCACCAGCACGGCCCCGUCUACAUGCGGCCUUUGCAGUGCCCAGUCCUUCAAUGCUGGCGCCACUUCUGAUGCAGACGGCAGGCCCAAUCUACGAUGCUGCUGCAGACGGAGACCAAGCCAUGCAGGACAUUGACACCCUGCAGCUGCGGAGCGAUGGCGAGGACGAUACGGCCAUGCGUGACGCGGGCGGCAGCAUGGACGUGGAGCUCAGCUCAGAGGCUGCCGGCCAUGGUGAGCAGCAGGCGGCCUGCAGCUCCCCACCGGAGGCAGGCACCCUGCUGGUGGAAAUCAUUGCCACCAGCAGCCCCACGACAAGCCCUGACCCUGAAAUCUCGAACUGGGGCGCUAGCGGAGCCAUCCAGCCUCCCACGGAGCCUCAGCUGCGCGAGGUGCUGGCGCUGGCGCCAGCACAGGGCCAGGCCCUCUCCUUCCCAAUCCGUGCGGUCCAGCCUUGCAUUGCCAUGCUCCCGUUCAAUCUGGUGCCGGUUAUGGUGGUGCCAGCAAGUCCCCAAGCUGGCGCUGCUAUGGUUUCGGGCGCGCGGGCUCAGCCGAUGCCCAUAGUGACGGGUUCCUGGAUUCCCGCAGACGCCGCCGCCGCAGCAGCUGUGGCGGCGGCUGCCAGCAUCGGCGGCAGUAACGACGGCUGCAAGCUCAUUCCUGUUAUGGGGGCCAUUGCCACGGCCUCGCUCAGCCCGGGUAUCCCAGUCCCGUCCGGUGCACAGAGCGUGCUCAGCGCGGGAGUGGCGGGCCACCCGGCCCGCCCCGCCUCAGACCCGCCGCCGGCUACCGUGCGCGUCCGGCCCGUCAGCAUGGGCUCUGCCGGGGCUGCCACCGCCGCAGUUGCUGUCGCCGCUGCUACCACGCCUCCGCGCGCCGGGUCAGGAGCUGUCUCACGGGGCGGUACCGCCUCGCCCAGUGCGCUGCCGCCGACGGGUUCUCCUAAGCCAGUUGCGCGGCGGAUUUCAGAGGGUAGCGCAGUCAGUGAGGCGGUGACCCAGCGCGCGGACGAGCCCCGCAGCCCCACACCGCCGCGCAUGUGCCGUGAGGCGGGCUUGAUCAUAACGGACACGGCCAGCGUGUGAUAAGGUGACAGUUCACUGCUAGGUGUCGUGCACUGGCCAUGGGCAUCAGCAAUUAAAUUCCUGCGAGUGCGAACAGUGCGUGGAAAGCAAUGAGAGUGAGUAAUGAGCCUGUCGUGCUCGCGUGCGUGGUUCUUGGAAGCAAGAAUGGAAGACCACCACAUGCUUGACAGGGCGGCGUGUUGGCCUGAUACAUGACUUGAUAACCUGCCCGUACAUCUGUCCACAUGUGCAAUCGCCUGUGGCGUGCCGCUAGAGGCAACCAGUAAGGGUGUAGCACCGUGGUGUAGCACUGAGCAGCCCCGCACGGCGCCGGGGACAGGUAAAGGUGAAGCACAGGACAGUGAGGUUGUAGUGACGUGAAUGGCACCGGGUUCAUUGGGGGUGUAGCUACAGUGCUGCGUGGACAGCGGACCACGAGAGCAGGGCCGUGAGCCGUAGCCUUUAGUACGUUGCACAGAUAGCUGUGCACGGCGGGGUAAGGCUGUGGCCGAUGCUGUGGAGCAGUGUGGCGGUUCGGGUCAGCGGACAUGUAAAAUGCCCAAACGGUUCAUGAACCGUCCUAGCUGAGCCCCACGGAGCUUGGUAUGGCAGUUGGGCAGAGGAAGCAACUGGGCUGGGUGCGAUGUGGCAAUGGGACGCCCGUGUGACGGUGUAAGGCACCCCGCCU